UGCUCCCGCCCCAUGCCCUGCGCUACAGUCUCGGGAGAGUGUGGAGCUGUCAUAGGGUCUUGUGGGCCCAGUGGCUGCCGCCCCGAGGAGGGGCGCGGUCCACAGCGGCCUUCCGCUGCCUCGGCACCGGGCUAGCGCGGGGUCGUCCGCGGCCUCGGCACCGGCGUAGCCCCUGGGCACCGGCGUAGCCCCUGCGCACCGGCUACGGCGCGGGCCACCGGCGGGCGCGGGCUAACGGGAGCCGCGAGUGCCCCACUAAUUGGAGCCGACUCGGCGCUGGAGGGACCGGCGGGAAAUGGCGGACGAGGCGUUGUUUUUGCUUCUCCAUAACGAGAUGGUGUCAGGAGUAUACAAGUCCGCCGAACAGGGGGAAGUGCAUUUCAAAAUUAUCACUGUGUACUAGCAGAAGACUCCACUGAUAAAGGUGUUUGCUGCCAAGUCUGAACCUGAGUUGGAUUCCUGGGACCCACAUGGUGGAAGGAACAAACCAGCUCAAACAGUUUGUCAUUUGACUCCCACAUGUGGAUGCUCACACAUGGCGUGCGUGUGACACACACACACACACACACACACACACACACACACACUACAUGUAAGACAAAUUCAGGGCUUUUAAGUUGCUUACUUACAAAGCCACAUGCUGCAGAGCCUGAGGACCUGAGUGGAAUUUUUAAUCCCUGGAACUCAUGAUAGAAAGAGAGGAAUAAUUUUUUUUUUUUUUAUUUUCACCUGUGUGCCAUGGCAUGUCCACCCCACCCAAUACAAAUAAUACAAAUAAAUACAUAUAAUAAAUAUUUAAAUAAAAAAGUUAAAUUUUUCUUGUGGGUGGUCUUCUACCAUUUACUUGUUUAUUUAAUUUUUAAGUUACUGUGAAUUUGUUUUUUUCCCCCAAUUUUUUUUUGCAAGUAGUAUAUAGAAAAGGUACUGAUAAAAUGUAUAUUUAUUUAGCUUGUGUGUGUGUCUGAGUGUGCAUGUGUGCAUGUCAUAGCGCACAUGGAGAGGUCAGAGAACAACCUCCUGGAGUCAUUUCUCUCGUUCCAGCAUGGGUCCUAUGGAUUAAGUCAUCAGGGUUGGUUGAAAAUGGACGAUGUAUUACUAAGCUGGAAAACAUGGGCUUUCGAGUGGGACAAGGAUUGAUAGAAAGGUUUACAAAAGAUACUGCAAGGUUCAAAGACGAAUUAGACAUCAUGAAGUUCAUAUGUAAAGAUUUUUGGACUACAGUAUUCAAGAAACAAAUUGACAAUCUAAGGACAAACCAUCAGGGCAUAUAUGUACUUCAAGACAACAAAUUUCGACUACUUACUCAGCUGUCUGCAGGAAAACAGUAUUUAGAACAUGCAUCAAAGUAUCUAGCAUUUACAUGUGGCUUAAUCAGAGGUGGCUUGUCAAACUUGGGAAUAAAAAGUAUUGUAACAGCUGAAGUAUCUUCAAUGCCUGCCUGCAAAUUUCAGGUGAUGAUACAGAAGCUGUAGAGUCCUGUGCAAAGCAUUUUCAAGUCCUGAUUUCACCUCAUCCUUGGAUAUCUGUGCAAAGGUGUUAUCUCACCAGAUUCACGUAGACCAAGUUAGAUAAAGGUCCUUUAUCAUGACAUAAACUAACUGAACUGUUCAAAGGGAUUUCAGUGAAGCAUGUCAUUUCAGACACCAAGAUGCAACAAAUGCUCUUUAUUGUAAACAUCUUUAUUUCCUUAGUGUGAUAUGUAUUUAAGCAUAGAUUGAGAAGUGAAACUCAGGGUGUGUUGAAUUGCUGUAUAAAAAAAUAUGCACCAAUCAGAAUAGUUUAUGUUCAAAUGACCAAAAUUUGUUAAAGUAUAAAUCUGUUUUAGUUAUUUAAAAACAAAACAAAACAAACCACUAUACUAAAUUAAGCUUACUUUUUAUUGUAUUGCUCAUAAUUUAUUUGUCUAGAGAAUUUGUAUGCUUAUAUACGGAUUUCAUUUAUACAUUGUGUAUAUAUGUACAUAUAAAUGCAUGUUGCUGUCUAAA